GGCAGAGGCAGAGGUAGAGGCAGAGCAAGCCGUUGGCCAAUAUCCAUGGAGUGCGGCCAGUGCGGCGCACGCUUCCCCGUCACCCGGGGCGCGAGCUCCGUUCAGUGCGCGCACUGCCGCAGGGCGACGCGCGUCGAACGGCACGGCGCCGUGCACGGGGCCGUCGGCUUCGUCAGGAGCGUGUUCACCAACAUUGGCCGCACGAGGCCGCACCCAGGAUACCCGCCGGUGUACGGCAACAAGCGCGCUCUCUUGGUCGGCAUCAACUACACCGGAACGGCGACCGAACUGCCCGGCCCCAUCAACGAUGUCAAGUGCAUGAACUUCCUGCUCACCCUCAAGUACGGUUUCCAAAGCGAUUCCGUCCUCGUCCUUACCGAUGAAGAGCGCGACCCGUACAGGAGGCCAACAAGGUCUAACAUCCUGGUGGCGAUGCGGUGGCUGGUGCAUGGCUGCAGCUCCGGGGACUCCCUUGUGUUCCACUUCUCCGGCCACGGUGAUCAGGAGAAAGACAAGGACGGCGACGAGCAGGACGGCCAAGACGAGGUCAUCUGCCCGCUAGACUGGCAGCUCAACGGCGCCAUCCUGGACGACGAGAUCAACGAGGCCAUCGUCCGCCCGCUCGUGCAGGGCGUCACGCUCCACGCCAUCAUCGACGCCUGCCGCAGCGGCACCGUCCUUGAUCUCCCCAACCUUUGCCAGAUUAAAAAGAACGGGAAACCCCAGUGGAUGGAUCACAGCGCUCCAAAUGGCGCUUGGAAGAACACGAGCGGCGGUCACGCGAUCCUGAUCAGCGGCUGCACCGACGACGAAGAUGCGCAAGAUGGUUACGGCCAUGAGACCAUGGCCAUGGGAGCCCUGACGUACAGCUUCUUCGCCGCCGCGUGGUUCGCCCAUCGGACGCCCACCUACGGCCAGCUGCUUUCAAAGACAAAGGCGAUCCUCGCAGACUGCAACCGCGACAGCCAGAACCACUGCGACCUCCCUGCGUCCAUCUUGCCGCACGUCCGAAAGGUGGUGAACUUCAGUGGCGUGCAGGAGCCUCAACUGUCUUCUUCCGACAAGUUCGACAUCAACCGGAAGACAUUUAUGCUAUAAAAUCAACAAGAUGUGUUAGCGGCUGGAGCUGCUAUCUGAAUGCUACUACUAGCAGAGUACACAUGCGUUACUAUGAGCUUUUGAAAGAAAAAUAGCAUCUUGUAAUCUUUAAAAUAUGUUCAUGAACAUAUUAUAACCUAAUAAAAGGGAGGAUGAAAAUACCA